AUGCGUAUUCUACCGAAACACUCCUGGCCCGUCCUGCACGCGCGUGCACUGGAUGCGAAGACCACCACGCCGAUCCUCGACGACCAACACGCCGUGCGACUCGUCGAGCAGCUCGACUACGACUUCUCGAAAUUGCGUGUGCAUUCGCUCAAGGCAGCGGCCCAGAAUGACGGCGCACCGGUCACGAUCCUGCACCUGGCCGCGGGAUUGGAUACCCGCGCGUUGAGGCUCCAGGGACACUGCAGCAAGGAUGGAGCAAAUACCCGUUGGAUCGACGUUGACCUGCCGGAUGUGAUUGAUGUGAGGCGCGGGCUUCACCUCCCGGAACCGGAUAGCGACCGUAUGCAGUACGAAAUGGUCGGCGCCGAUGUGACGGACGAGCUCUGGCUGGCAAAACUCGGGGUCCCACGCGACCGCAGGACGCUCGUCGUGUUCGAGGGUCUGACCAUGUAUCUGAAAUCAGCUCAGGGCCGCAUGCUUAUCGAGCAGUUGACGAGUUAUUUUGUCAAGGCACGAAACCAGAUGGUAUUUGACUGCUUCAACUGGUUCCCGAUGAUCGUCCAGAGGCUCGAGCCCAUUAUCGCCAGGACGGGGUCGACGAUAUCCUGGGCCAUCAACGACCCGAAGGAUCUUGAAGGGUGGCAUCAAGGGCUGCAUUUAACCGGUGAAAUCCUGCCCGCAGAUAACCCAGAGAACGUCAGGCUGCCCAUCGUUGUGAGAUGUUUCUGCUGGAUAGUAUCGUGGAUCCCAACAUUCCGAACCUCAGCCAGAAAUCUCCGAUACGAGUGGUGA